AUGGGCGGACCGGUGCAGGGGGCAGGUUAUCUGGUGAACGAUAAAAGAAAACCUUAUUUGAUGGCAGAAGGCAGACCUUCGGGGGCCAUCCCGAAGCCACCGGUGUUCCCUGUGGAUGACAGAACGGCGGAAGUGGUGCAGAGCGUCCUGCUGGAGCGAGGGUGGGACAAAUUUGACGAAGGAGGGUAGAACCGCGACGACUGGAACCUGUAUCGUGGGACUUCCUCCUGCAGGAUGACUGAGCGCGUCAGUGUGAAGCCGGGGCAACGGCUGGGCCACCACCCGGGCACCACCAGGCGGCCUGGAAGGACCACCGGGCCAGGCACCUGACGCGCAUGGAAGAGGACGUCCGGCGGCCCCCUGCACGAGUUCAUCCCGCUGACGUUCGUCAUGCCCGACGACGACAAGUUCAUGGCUGAAUACUCGCGGGAGAAGCACGUGACAGCCGCAAAGCACAGCUCCUGGAUCUGCAAGGCUGUGGAGCCGUCUCGCGGGACGGGGAUCAUCAUUUCCAGUGACGUUAAAGACUUAGUCUUUGAUGAUACAUACAUAGAACGGAAAUAUACCUGCCACCCUUUCCGCGUGGGCAGAGGUAAACCUGACCUCCGCAUCUGCGUCUGUAUCACGGGCUUUAAGCCUUUGACCAUUUACGUUUAUCGGGAAGGGUUGGCGCGCUUUGCCACGGAGAAGUUCGACCUGAGUAAUCUGCAGAACAGUUAUGCCCCCUUGACCAACCUCAGCAUCAACAAGUCCGGGGCCUCGUAUGAGAAAAUCAAAGAAGUGAUCGGUCGCGGCAACAAGUAGACCCUCAGCCGGUCCUUCUCUUACCUUCGCAGCUGGGACGUGGACGGCCUGCUUCUGUGGCAGAAAAUCCACCACAUGGCUAUUCUCACGGGGCUCGCCAUCGCUCCCUCGGUCCCCUUUACGGUCAACUGCUUGGAGCUCUUUGGGUUUGAUAUUUUGAUUGAUGACAACUUGAAACCGUGGCCGCUAGAAGUCAACUUCAGCCCUGCCCUGUCCGUGGAUUGUUCGGCGGACGUUCUGAAGAGAAAACUCAUCCACGACACUGCUGAGCUGAUUUACUUGCGGGGUCUGAGGCACGGGAGGGCAGAGGGUAGUGGGUCCCGGGGGAGCGGUGGGGUCCCCCUCGCGGAGCUGGAUGCCGGUGGGCUCAACCGCGUGGGCAGAACCCUUCCUCGUGAGUCCCUCUUUCCGGUCACGGGCAGACCGUUUAAGGAGGAAUCUGGUGAAGAAGCCGUAAAGAUAUGUCCCGAGAGUAAACGUGCCUCCCAGCCUAGGGAAAUGACGAGUAGGAAGAAAGACCUUCUCCUUUCAACAAGAGAACCCCCCCAAACCAAGCCAAAGUUAAAGGGCAGACAUACGCCCCACAGCCUCAUUCCAUUCAUGUCCCUCAUCCAAGCGUGCACCCACCAGACAGGCAUCGCCCCGUGCGUCGCCUCAGACUAGAGCAAAGUGCCAGAUCUCCAAGAAGGGAACUUUGUUCUCAUUUUUCCUUUCAACGAAGCAACUUUUGGAGCUUCCAGGAAUAGAUUAAACGUCAGGAGAAUAAUCCAAGGGUUCCAGAAACGAAUGAACAAACAACACUCCCAAGUGGCAGAAAAGGAAAGAAACAAAGAGAAGGUGACACGGCUUUUGGAAAACCAAGGAUUCCCUUGCCGGGGACUGCAAUGGCUCAGCCCCUGCCCCUCUGCAUUCAGCACGCUGACCACAUCGCUGGGGCCACCGACGUGGGUGUAAAUAG